GUCUCUAUCUUGCCAGAACUCCAAUCUUAGUAACAUCUGAUUUAGAUCUAUUAAAAGAAAUCUUAGUUAAAAGAUUUGCUGAUUUCCCAAAUAGAAAGAAAUCACCAGUCAAAGUUAAACCAUUAUCAGAUGGAUUGACGUCAUUGGAAGGUGACCAUUGGAAGCAUGCACGUAAUGUAUUGUCACCCGCAUUUACUGGAUCUAAGAUGAGACAGAUGGCAGGUAUGCUUAAUAAAUGUGCUGAUACCAUGGUUACAAUUUUGGAGAAAGCUGUAGAAGAUGGAAAAGAUGUAGAAUUUAAAAAGGUCUUUGGUGGUUCAGUAUGGACUGUAUAGCGAGUGCUGCAUUUGGUUUACAAGUAGAUUCACAAAACAACCCAGACGAUCAGUUUGUGAAGUACGCUAAAUCCAUAUUGAAUUUUAAUAUCUACAAUCCAUUAUUGUUGAUAAUAUUGGUCUUUCCUUCUACAUCCAAGUUUCUUGAGAGGGUAUUUGGUUACCAGAUAAUUUCCAAGGAAACAGUAGCAUUCUUUGUUGAUGUUAUUGAAAAAGCCAUGGAGUUUAGACAUGGUGAUGGUGAGGAUCAAGAGACAAAGAGAGUAGAUUUUCUUCAGUUGAUGUUGAAUGCACAUAAGGAUAACGACAGUGAGAUAACAGAUGAUGAGAAACUGGAUGAAAAUCAUGAUUUUGAUUUUUACAAAGAACAUGGAUUGAGCAAGGAUGAAAUCCUAGGACAUUCCUUUUUGUUUUUCUUAGCUGGGUAUGACACUGUUAGUAGCUGUCUCAGCUUUACUUCCUAUCUGCUGGCGACUAAUGUGGAGGUACAAGACAGACUGGUAGAUGAAAUUAAUGACACUUUGCAAGACUGCCAUCAACUGAGCUUUGAAGUGAUUAGUAAAAUGAACUAUUUAGACAUGGUGUUGUGUGAAUCUUUGAGGUUGUAUCCACCUGCCGUAGUGACUGACAGACGAUGUUGCCGAGAUACUGAGAUAGGAGGUGUAUUCUUGAAGAAAGACAUGAGGAUAAUUGUACCAAUUUGGGUUAUACACCAUGAUCCAGAACUAUGGCCUGAACCAGAUAGAUUUCUGCCAGAAAGGUUUACUAAAGAAGAGAAGGAAAAGAGGCAUCCACUAGCUUGGAUGCCUUUUGGAAUUGGACCAAGGAAUUGUAUUGGAAUGAGAUUUGCUUUGAUGGAAGCCAAGAUUGCUUUGAUUAAAGUGUUGCAGAAAUUCAGAUUGGAACCAUGUUCCAAAACCGAGAUUCCACCGAAGUUGAAGAAGGGUGGUUUGUUGGAUGCUCAAAAUGGCUUUUGGUUGAGAAUGACCAAGAGAAUGUAAUACAUAUCCAGUUUCCUGUGUCCUGAUUGGUUACAAUAUUGGAAAAAACAGCUUAAAAUAUAAAGUAUUAUUUUGUGCACUUUCAUUAAUUUGAUUUAAAUAAAAACAUUAUUUGCUAGAUUGGAACAUAAUUCAGAAACAAAAUCUUGAGUAGUAAAUACUAUCUUUUUUGGUUCUAUUUAUUUCAUAUACAAUGAAUUUAUUAUAUUUUAUUAUUAAUCAAUAAUUCCAAUUUUUCCUCAGUAAAUCAUGAUUCAAAAUGUUUUCUUAUUAAUAUAUACCAUUCAAAUUUUGGUGUUUUCUCCAAUUUGACUAUUUAAUAAUAUUAACUUCAAUUUUAGCAAAUAUUUUUUUCUUCAUUUUUAAUCAAAA